AUGGGUGUCUUUCGCUUGGCAUUCUUAGUGCGCUUCUUGUCAAAGCCUGCGCUGAGUGGGUUCAUCACUGCAAGCGCCAUCCUCAUCAUGCUCUCACAAGUGAAACCAGCGAUUGGCCUCCCGAGGACAGACAUCGGGGGUAUCAUGACUAUCUUUUUCCUGCAUCCCACGGAGCUGCGCGACAUAAAUCCUGCGACGGUCAUACUCAGUUUGGGUUGCCUUGCAUUCUUGCACGUGGCAAAGAGAUUCAAGUCAUCGCGUAGUCGAGUGGUCAAACAAAUGUCCGAGUUUAAGGAGGUCCUUCUGCUGGUCAUAGCUGCACUGAUCGCUUGGAGGCAGCCAGUGGUCCCUGAUGAUCCACUGUUGAAAUUCACCGGUCAUGACCCGUCCAACAUCUCAUGGAAUUGGAAGCAACUGGUCACUGCCCGAGUGGACCACCUUUUGAGACAAGUGGUUUGUGUCAGUUCGACCUUCGAGCGCCGUGAUGGUCGCUUUGGUGACUUUCUUGUCUUCCUUCGCAGCGGCAAGGAAAUUUGCACUGAAGGUUACCAAGUGGUUGCCACCAACGAGCUCCUGGGCCUGGGCGCUGCCAACCUGGCGGGCGCCUUUUGCGGAGCAGUGCCAACACAGAUCGGUCUCAGCCGAAUGGGCAUUGCUUCUUCGAUGGGUGUUAAGAAUCUACUUGGUACCAAUGUGUUUGUGGCUGGAAUGGUGGCCAUCGUUUUGCUGGCACUAAGCCCAUACAUUUACUAUGUUCCAAGGUGUGCUCUGAAUGUGAUUAUUAUUGUUGGUGCCUCGAGUCUAACUGAAUUCAAACAUGUCCUUUGGCUUUGGUCUUUGCGCUCCACUCGGACGCGGCAGCGGACCUAUGUCACUGACUUGAUAGUUUGGUGGGUGGCAUUUCUCUUCACCCUCUUUCUUGGUGCUCUGAAAGGCAUUUUAGGCGCUGUGGUGGUCUCUUUGGUGCUCAUUGUGUACCAAGUAGCAGACCCUCCAAUCACUACUCUUGGUUACUGCCAAUGCAGAAAUCGUUGGAUGAACGUGAAGGAGCGUCGAGAUACGGAGCAGCGUCCUGGAAUCCUCGCUGUGCGCCCUGAAGGCCCCUUGUUCUAUGCCAACAUCGAGCGCCUUGAGGAGUGGCUAGAUGAAAUGGAGAUUGCGGCCAGCGCAGCUGAUGAACCUCUAAUGGCCAUCAUCCUUUCAUUUGCUGCAGUGUCCUUCCUAGACACUUCGGCACUGGAAGCUUUGCAGACCAUGAUAGAUGCCUACUCCAAGCGAAAUAUUGGGCUUCUAGUGGCUCACGCUUCUGGGCAGCCGUGUCAGAUUCUGAAGCAUGCUCUAGGCGAAUAUUUUCCGGAGCAUUGCCUGACCACACCUUGGUCGGUGGAGGAUUGCCAUAUCAGCCUUUGUCAAGCGGAUCAUUCUUAUCAGAGUGCCCCCAAAGAUACAUCAAACAUACCGAAGGGUUUCACUUCUUGGCAGGUGAGGGCGGCAAUCAGCAACAAAAUGCAGUCUUGA